GAGGUGAGGCGCGAAUUUCACUUCGAACAGGCUGCUCAUCCCACCCACAUUCCAAUUACAACUUGGUGGUGCCCACGCCGUCACACUGCUCUCCAACACACUUAUGUCCCCUCCUAGCUCUGACUCAGCCGCUCGUGUCCCCAGCAGCCCUAGGCUGUCACGUCGAGAACCGUUUUAGCGAUUCCUCUUUCGUGUCAUGCAGCCGUUUCUAGGAGCGUCUCUAUCCCAGACUCACCCCGAAAUCGCGGAAGCCAUUCCUUAGCAGCUACUACUAAUUAGCGUCCCCAAUUUUAUUUCACCUUCAUUGCGUGCCUUCAAGACGCACAUGGUAGGGGACGGCGCUUACCCGCCAAUAACUAUGAACCCGCCUCUUCGUUCAACUUAAUCCAAUCUCUCCGUCUCAGUCGUCGUUCGAAGCAGUAGCCUUCCACAGCAGCAACAGCAGCAGAGGGGUCAGGAGCAGGAGCAGCAGGAGCAGCAGGAGCAGCAGGAGCAGCAGGAGCAGCAAGAGCAGCAGGAGGAGGCAGAAUCACAGGCAGAAGGAAGUGCUCAAGACACCGCCUGAGAACGCCAAAGCCACACCUAUUUCACGCAUCCUACAGGCGAGUCCUUCGCAAUAGAUGCAGCGGAAGCCAUGGCUACGCCCCCGCACGACCCCACUCACAACAUGACUGACGGCGCGUCCCACCUCUGGACGCUCUCCCCUCCACAUGUCCAAGAUAACGCGCCGAUCGCCAAACUCUCUCCCGUCGUGGUUUGCCAACAGCCCGCUGGCGAGCCAUCUGAAGCCGCCUUUCACGAGCCUUUCUCGUCUCAGCUCCGACUGCUGAGGCCAUUCCACGGGGACUCGCGACUUUCUUCGUCGACACUCGGGAGGUCUGCGAUGGUGUCGGCGAUGGGAUCGACGUGCUCGCUGGAUUCGCCACUCCUCCACAUCCCCUCGGUCCAAUCGAUCACGCCUAACGCUUCGCAAUCAUCGUUGCAUGCAUCGUCGACGUCGUCGCAUGCCUCUUCCCCGUGCAUCACACCAAGCGCGUCUGCGACCGCCUUCUCGGCGCUCAAUUCCCCGCCAGAGUCCCCCCGCGCAUCCCCGCACGCCUUUUCCGCCGCUGAUUCCCCCUCUCUGUCGCCGCCCUUCACUCACGCAUCGCAACGCCCCGACGCUCCGCUCCCUUCUCCCCGGCCCUCCUCUGCGACGUCGUGGCCCCCGUCUGCGACAUUCCCUGCGAUGCAACCUGCGACUGCGGCAACCCCGAGCAAGCACACUGGAGCUUCAAGCUGCUUCAACCACGGUUCCCCCCACUCCCCCGCUCCCUUGGGAUGCGCCCAUUCCGCUGCACUUACCGCACGCGCCCGAUCCCCCGCUUCCGCUGUCCCCGGGCCCGCAUCUGCGCCGUGCUCGCCGCUGAAGCCGUGGCGGGAGAAGCGGCAUCACGCGGGAAGAGGGGCGCGGAGUGGUUCCGCUUUGGCGGCGGUGACGCGAUGGGUGGUGGCGGCGGCCGCGAGCGGGUACGCGGGCGACAGCGUGUCACUCAGUGACGUGGAGGUGGUUGCGGGGGCGCUGAAAGCGGGAGCGUCGGGGAAGGCGAUGGCACUGGCGGCUAGCGUUGCGCGGAGGAGCAUUCGGAGGAAUUUUCUGGUGGGCGUGGUGGCGCUGCUGCUGUGUAGCGUGCUGCUGAAUGUCGGCACCAUGACCGCCACCACUACCGCCACCACGAGCACGAGCACGAGCACGACAACGACAACGGCGACAACGGCGCAGGAGCAGUGGCAGCAGCUGCCGCUCUCUCUCGCAUCCCUUCGCUUCCUCCCCUCGGCCUUUUCCCGUUCCUCUGUGACAACGGCGACACUUGCGACUUCUGCGACCCACUCUGCGACGGUCUCAGCUGUGGUCCCCCGCGGGCUGACUGCCAAGGAGAACGGCGUGCUUGUGACUGUAUCGGGUGGCGCGCCAGGAGAGCUCUCGAGACGAGCUCCGGAGGCCCAAGCGGCAGGGCCGGCUGGGGUGGUGGGGCGAGUGGAAUCUGUCCAAGACAGGGAAACCGGAUGGGGUGACAGGGAAGAUGGCACAGCAGUAGGACAAACAGGAGGAGGAGGAGGGGGGGGGGAGGAGAGCCGCGAGGAGGUUCUGGAGGCGAGACGAGAGGUGUAGUAGGUGCUGCCGCCGCGGCGGUUGGGGCGGCUGCGGGUGUGGUGGCGAACGGUGGAGCAGGAAACGAGGAGGGCAGAGGCGGUAGAGUGGUGGGGAACAGGAGCGGGGAGAGCGGUUGGGAGUGGUUGGAGAAAGUGAGAGGGGGCGCAGGGGUGGCAGCACAGCCGGCGCAGCUGACGCAGUGCAUAGGGCGGUCCAAGACGCAUAAAGUGCCUGCAGCGCGCACCAACGGCUACCUGGUGGUGACGGCCAACGGCGGACUCAACCAGAUGAGAGCAGCGAUCUGCGACAUGGUGGCCGUGGCUCGCCUCAUGAACGCCACGCUGCUGCUGCCCCGCCUCGACCACUCCUCAUUCUGGGCCGACCCCAGCGAGUUUGAGGACAUCUUCGAUACAGAGCGAUUCAUUCGAGAGCUGCUGCCCGACAUCCGCAUAGUGCGGUCGCUGCCAGCCCACCUGCAGUCCGUGCAGGCUCCGGAGAUCCAACCUAUCUCAUGGUCCAACGCGUCGUACUACAAGGAUCAGCUGCUCCCCGUGCUCAAGACCCACCAGGUGCUGGCCUUCCCGCUCUCCGACUCGCGCCUCGCCAACAACCGCCUGCCCGCGUCGCUGCAGCGGCUGCGGUGCCGCGCCAACCUCCAGGCGCUCGCGCACACGGAAGCCAUCCGAGGAGUGGCGGGGGAGGUGCUGCGGCGCCUAAGGGAGAGGGGGCCGCGCUUCAUUGCGCUGCACUUGAGGUACGAGAAGGACAUGUUGGCCUUCACGGGGUGCACGCAUGGGCUGACCGCAGAGGAGAGCGACGAGCUGAGGGUGCUGAGGAUGGCGGUUGCGCGGUGGAAGGAGAAGGACAUCGACGGGGAGAGCAGGCGCCGCGACGGGCUGUGCCCGCUCACCCCGCGCGAGGCCGCUCUGUUCCUCAGGGCGCUGGGGUUUGGCAAUGACACAGUGGUGUAUGUGGCUGCGGGGCCCAUCUAUGGGGAGAGGGGCCUGCAGGACCUGGUGUCUCUCUUCCCCAACACCUUCACGCACUCCACCAUCCUGCCGCCCGCACAGCUCGCCCCGCUGCUGCCCUUCCAGAACCGCCUCGCAGCUGUGGACCACGAGGUCUCCAUACAGAGCGAUGCGUUUGUGUUCACGUAUGAUGGCAACAUGGCCAGAAUGGUGCAAGGGCACAGGAGGUUUCAUGCGCACACAGUUACCAUCGACCCUGAUAAGCAUGCCAUCAUCCAAGCUAUUGACGCCUACCAAUCAGGGAAGGCCACAUGGGAUGGGACGAGUGAGGCCAUCCGUAAAGCACACAGGCCAUACCGACUUGGAAUGCCUAGAGCGAGGAGGAUGGGGGAGAACCCCAAACUGGAGGACUACUUCUUUGCUAAUCCCUAUCCUGGCUGCAUGUGUCGACAGUCUCAGUCCACUAUCAGCCAUUAGAGCCAGCAGCGGUGCUUGAAGCCACACCUGAAGAUAAUCAGCAGCAUACCUACCUGCCUGGUGCCAAGCAUAUUAGUGAGGAGACAAGGCCAGAAGAUGGAACUUAGACGGAUGGAGUUAGUGGUGUGUGAUUUGACCGGCCUUGGAUUAGACAAGAUGAUUAGACCCUCAACAAAUGUAUCUUUCAUGGAUGGCGAACUUUGCCAUCCCCUCUCGAC